AUGCCCUCCGCCAAUCAACCUCCGUCCACCGAUAUCUCUGCCAAUGAUAUGACUGGUGAUCAGCUGGCACUACCUACUUCGCAGAGAAUAUCCACAGAGACCAAGUACGGGAAAGUUCAAGGCGGAAGGACGCGCAACGGUUGCCAGGUUUUCUUGAAUGUCCCAUAUGGUGUCGAUGUUCCACGAUGGACCAACCCUCAACCAUUACCAUCGGAUUAUCAGUACCCGUCCACUCCCUUCAUAUACGACUCAAAGUAUUGUGCGCAACCCGAAAGAACAUAUGCUCAGACCAAUUCAAUUCGAGAUCGUUUAGGUCUAGGUUUGCCAACUGAAAAUCCAUUCUUCGCCGAUAUAUACGUUCCUUCAGAUUACACUCUGUCCCCGCGGCCCCAGGGCUCACCUCUAUUACCUGUGAAAGUCUUUAUACAUGGUGGAUUCUUACAAUAUGGCUCGACAUCAGGACAAUACUACAAUCAACAGUUCUUUCCCGCCGAACACUACAAUGAAGUACGUGUACUGCUGGGUCAUAGGCUAUCUGUUCUUGGUUUCUUAGGAUGUGAAGAACCAAAGAUUUCAGGUAACUUCGGUUUCAAAGAUUGUUGGUUGGGCUUGGAAUGGGUGAGAGAGAAUAUAGAAGCAUUUGGAGGUGAUCCCAAUCAAGUUCAUCUGAGUGGUUUAUCUGGAGGAGGACACGUAGUUCAUCAACUCGUGCAAUAUGCAGCCAGUAGAGCUCCCGCUAAAGCACCAUUCAUAACUGCUCAUCAUCAGUCCAAUGCCAUUCUCGCCGCUCCCCUGUCUCCUGCUUCACGAAGAAAUCAAUUUGAGGCCUUUUGUCAAUCCGUUGGUAUUCCUCCCUCGACGCCGAAUAUCCUUGAACGCCUGAGAGAUACCGACGAAUUUCCAACGAAGAAGAUCAUUACUGCUGUGCAGAACAUGGGGGAACUGUGUACGUUCAGAGGAGUUAUUGGUGAUGACGGAUGGGUCAGCGCAGACCAAGUUAAUUUCCAGCGUAAUGGAGGAUUGGCAAAAGGAUUGAACGACGCCGGUGUGAAAUGUGUGAUUGUUGGCGACGUACGAGACGAGGACUUUUUCUACAAAGGUGUACAUCACUGCGAAACCAGGGAAGAAUUGGUGCCCAACAUUGCUCGAUAUUACCCUUACGAGCAAAGUGAGAGGUUCUUAGCAGCGUAUGGUGAUGUGGCAGAAGAUUCUACUCCGGAGGAGUUAGAUACCCUUCUGGGAAGAAUACUUGCGGAUGGUCAAGUACAUUUGCCGAUACGACUUCUCGCCUCUGAACUGGCCAAAUACGAUUUUCCAGUAGUUCGUUAUGCUGUCGAAUCUGUUGCCAAAAGCUACGGUACCAAUGGUAAAGCGUCGCACGGUACCGAUCUUGCUGUUCACCAAUUGCGAUUGAGUAUCCUCACUCCCGAAGAAACCACUUCUGUUUUGCGAUUCAACGAGAGUCUUUGGUGUGAAGUUGGUAAAGCUGUCAAGGGGGAAGGUUUCGUACAAAAAGACGAAGAGGAAAUGUUAGUAUUGGAUAAGAACGGCGUGACAGGCUGGAGGAAAGAUUGGAGAUGGCCUUUGUUGAGGGACGCUGAGAAAGUAUUCCGAGAAUAG